AUUUCAAGUUGGCGCCAAUCAAGCAAAAGAAUCAUAAUAUUCUGGCGCCAUGAAAUCUGACAUCGCACGAAAGACUGUGAAGAAUGGUUGCGCGGAAGGGGUCAAUCUCUCGUUGGCCACGUAGGACAGACUUUACGGAACGGAACAGUAGCCAGUGAGAAGGUUGACAGUGAAGUCACGGUGACCUGACCGAAAAAUAUCCGUCCAUCUGAAGAAUUAAUAUUAAAUAACGAAUAGAGGCCCUUGGCAGGUAAAACUGAAAGGAAACGUGACGAUGUACUUAACAAAAUGUGUAGCGUCCAUGUUUUAAGUUACCUAUGUACUAACAGAAAGCUGUAUGUGUAAUUGAGCUGACAAUGACUUUAGUAACAUGAUAAAAAACGUUGCUUUUCACGAACGGUGUGUAAUUUUAUGUUAACGAAAGCAUAUACCCUCGAAAAUCUGAUCGAUGACUCCGAAGGAAAUAAGAACAAAGAACUUCGGUUUGUGUUAGAUUUAGAAGUUUUGACUUCGAAGUAGGCCUAUAGGUAAAGGGGGUAAGGCCGCAAUUAAUAUUCUUGACCUUGAAUGCGCCGUGGCCUUCUAGGCCGGUAAUGAGAUUCCCACCUCCUGCCGAAGGAGCAGAUUGAAGGAAAGCUUAAACUUUCUUCAGAAGUGCCACCGGAGAGACCUACUACGAAUCUACCUGUUAAUGGUGAGAUCAAUAGCGAGAGUUGACGAAAGGACAGGGCGUCACUUCCGAAUCUAAUUGUACUUCUCGAGUUCGGUUGCAUUUCGUCGUCGUCGCCUGGUAUGUUUUACAAAGGUAUGCGAAAGUCGACACCGAAAUAUGAGUAAGAAUGAUGGAGGAAGAGGAUGAGUCCGAUUUCUUCGUAAGGGCGCCGACGCACGUGGUUGGGUACGCGCAGCCAGGGACUCUGGGCAAGAAGGAUUCGGCAGGGACUCUCCUCCACGCCAGGAACCGGGGCACGUGGCCCGUCAAGAAGCGGAAGGAAGGAGAAGAAGAAGUAAGAGGAGAAAGAGGCCGCCGGCCGAGACUGCCAUUACCCGGCAGCCUUUAAUUACUGAUCAUCGGUUAAACUAUUUAUUUCCCUUAAAACUACAACAUGGCGACGUCUGACCCAGAGACGGUUAAGGUCAUAGUUCGUUGUCGGCCGAUGAACAAGAGAGAGAAAGACUUGAAUUGUGAGUGCGUCGUCCAGAUGUCCAACAACUCCGCUUGCCUCCUGACGAACCCAGCAGACCCCAACGCUGAGCCCAAGAGCUUCGCCUUCGACGGCGCCUACUUCACCGACUCCACGACAGAAGGAAUCUACAAUGACGUGGCCUUUCCCUUGGUGGAGAGCGUCCUGGAAGGAUACAACGGAACCGUCUUUGCCUAUGGCCAGACAGGCUGCGGGAAGUCCUUCACUAUGCAAGGAGUCACCGAUCCUCCGACUCAAAGAGGCAUUAUUCCGAGAGCGUUCGAGCACAUCUUCGAGGUGAUUCAGACGACGGAAAACAUGAAGUACUUGGUGCUGGCUUCCUACCUGGAGAUCUACAACGAAGAAAUUCGAGACCUCCUGGGUACGGACGUCAAGAAGAAGUUAGACCUGAAGGAACACCCGGACAAGGGCGUCUACGUCCAAGGUCUGUCACAGCAUCCAGUACACAACACUGUCGAGUGCGAAGACCUGAUGGACAGAGGCUGGAAGAACAGGUCCGUCGGAGCCACCCUCAUGAACGCGGACUCCUCGAGGUCCCACUCCAUCUUCACCAUCACCCUCGAGAUGAUGGAGACCACGGGGGCCAACGACGCCAUCCGGAGCGGGAAGCUCAACCUCGUGGAUCUGGCUGGCUCCGAGAGACAAGCGAAAACCGGGGCGUCUGGGGAUCGCCUGAAGGAGGCGACGAAGAUUAAUCUGUCCUUGAGUGCCCUUGGAAACGUCAUAUCAGCUCUGGUCGAUGGCAAGAGCAAACACAUCCCUUACAGAGACUCCAAAUUGACGAGAUUAUUACAGGAUUCCUUGGGCGGCAACACGAAGACCCUGAUGGUGGCGUGUCUCAGUCCAGCCGACAAUAAUUACGACGAGACUCUGAGCACUCUGCGCUACGCCAACCGCGCCAAGAACAUCAAGAACAAGCCGAAGAUUAACGAGGAUCCCAAAGACGCCAUGUUGAGGGAGUACCAGGAGGAGAUCAAGAAGCUCAAGGAGAUGCUGGAGAAACAAGGCCCUGUGGAGACCAAUCCCUCAUGGGCAACUCGCAUCCAGACUAAAGUCGUAUCGGUGGCGCCCGAUGAAGCCGCCCUCGAACAGGAGAGGGAGAAGGUGAGACUCGAGUACGAGGAGAAGAUGAAGUCGAUGAGGGAGGAGAUGCAGGCUGAGCAGCAGAACAACGCCCUCCUGCAGGCCAACAUGGACAACCUGAAGAAGCAGUACGAGGACGAGCUCGCCAAGGUCGCCGAGAAGUCCAAGGAGGUGGAAAAGACUUCACCUAUUAUUACAAAGCAGCUGCAAGCACGAGACAGCCAGAUGCGGCGCGCAAGUAGAGACGUCAUCAUCACCGAGAGUCUGGAAGCUGGAGAGGACGGUCAACCCGUCACCAUCGUGGGCACUCCAAGGGACUUCGUCAGCACUGGCGUCGGCUCUGACCCUUUGAGUGCGUCCGUCAGACAAAAUACCCCAACAGCUGGGAAAGAAUCAGUGGUUGAUUUUACUGAAGCUUCAGUUCCAAACGUCAGCAUGGCACACGUUCCAUUGGUAUUCGAUAUACAUGCAGGAACUGUUGAUAUGAUGGAUACUAUGCAGAAGGAAGCCCUAAAGAGAUUAAAACAGUUACAGGAGCAGAUGGUAGGAGGAGAGAAAUCCCAAGACAAAGAGCUGAAGGCCAAAAGGAGUCGAAGAAAAAAAUAUCAGGAGAAAAGGAUGAAAAUCCUGAGCGAAGCCCUGAAAAAUGUCGAUGACGAAGAUGGGCUCAUGUUGAAGGUGUAUGAUGAUAUCCAUGAAGAACUUAAAGCCAAAACAGAAUUAGCCAAGAAACAGAAGGGAAAGGUGAAGUCAUUAGAAAGAGAGAUUAAUGACUUAACCACAGAGUUUCAGGAGGAAAGAGCUGACUAUUUAGAAACCAUACGUAGACAAGAACAGCAGGUCAAACUUCUUCAGGCAAUAUUAGAUAAGGUCCAGCCUACAAUCCGUCGUGAUUGUAACUACAGUAACAUUGAUGCCGUGAAAAAAGAGGCGAUGUGGGAGGAUGAAUACCAGAGGUGGAAAAUCCCCGAUCUUCAGCUUGUCAAAACAAAACUUCCACCGGCGGGGCCCAACGGCACAGUAUCAGAUUCCAUCAACAACAAGUUAAACAGCAACUUAAGCAACAGCUACAACUUAAGCAACAGCUACAACAAUGGCAGCAGCAACAACAACAACACCCAUCCAAAUCAUAUCCAGCCUGGUGUUCGGUUUCCAUCACAAACAGCCCCAGCCAGGUUGGGGAUGUGGGAUGAUGAAGACGACAAAUUUUUGAAGCAGAAGCUACAAAGAGGGGAAGAAGAAGACAUAGCUGGAAAUUACUUCAAACCCAAAAGGGCCAAUGAGUUAUUGGUGAGGUUUCAGGAUGAUAUUAAUAAUGCCAAGCCCAUCAGUAAGAAGAAUAGCAGCAGCAACAACAUGCUGAACAUGAGUAUGAGCCAAAGUAUGUGGGGGGGCAACAAUAUGAACCUCGGUUCUUCUUUCAACAACUCUGCCCCAGGUUCUUACAACUCUUCUUGGGGAUCCAACACAUCAAACUCCAAUGGUGGGAGUUUUGGUGGAAGCCAUGUAGUGAGCAAUGGCUGGUUAGGGAACGGCUUAUCGGUCUCUCCGGAGGGCUCAAUGAAACGGCCAACCCGAUUACAGGCCCUUCCCCUAGGUGGAGACCUAAAACUUGGCAAGAAGAAGAGUAAAAAUGUCCUACAUACUCUAGACCUCAUUUAACAAGAUUUGAAGUAAAAUAGCCACCAAACUGUGAUAUCUAUACCUAAAUUGGCCUUUCCCUGCAUUUAAGGGGAUAAGUCUGCUGGUGUGGCCUUACUCGUUUCAUCAACACUGACCUCAUCCUUUGACACCAAAUGCUGAUGUUAUUUUUUUUUCCUCCCUAGGGAGAUGCAAGAACUUAUUGCUACUAAAAUGAAGAAUGCUAUUUUAGUUGUUGCCUAAUCAUACGCAGCAGACGUUUCCAUUACAUGGACAUUGUGGUCCCUCAAUAAACUUUGAGCUGCAGUGUUUUAAUAUCUUACAAAAUAGUAUUAGCGUUUUAUAUGACUUACUUUGGAUUUCACCAUCUUUUUGGAAAAAUAUUCGUAAUAUAUUUUUGUAGCAAACACUUGCCAUUCCCAAGCACUAAAGAAUUCUUAGAAAAUAUUUACUUCUUCAUACAAGCAUUACAAUAUACCAUAAUUUUUUUCCUUAUGGGCUUUGGUUUGGGAUCAUUUUCAUUCUGAAAGAUGUCAUAAGUAUUCGACUUGUUACAAUUUUUAUACUGAAUUACUAAAUUACCACAUGCUAAUCAUUUACAAACUGAAAAUGUUUUUGUAGAAAUGUCAAAAUUGCUUCAUACGUAAAGUACAAUCAAGAUCACUGCUUGCAACUCCUUGGUGGAAAUAGUUUUCAGUUUAGUUUUUCAUGAGUAUAAUCAUUUGGUUACUGUGUCUUUAGUGUACAGGCUAUUUUUACUACCAAUAUAAAUGAUUAAGUGCAUUAUACGGACCUUGAUAAAGGUAUGAUAAAAUUAAUUUAUGGUACAGUAUGAAAAAUUUGUUCAAUUAAAUACACAGACGUACGACACAAAAACAUUUUUAUAGAUUGAAAGGAUCUGUACUCAGAUGAAGAUGAAAUCAAUUGAAAAGGAAACUGCCAGUGCAAAUUUAUGUAAUAAAUAAUAAAAUAUAGUAUAUCUGAGAGCCGGUAAAAGUUUGUAGAGCCAAGAACACUUGAAAAAAUUAAAGCACUGUACAUAGUGCAUUCUUUUCAUAUGAUCACUGUUACAAGAACAGUUAUUCCUUAUGUUGAGGUCAUGUUGGAAGAGCCAGUUCAGACGAAUUAAAUACUAAGAAGUGUGUUGUAGGACAUGUACAAUGUAGGAAGGUGUUUCCAAAUGUUUAUUUGAAGACUGAAAACAUUAUUUUAAUGAGAAGUUCAUCCAUAUGUUAAAAGUCCUACACAGUGUAUCCAAAAGUAGGAGAGAGAUACUGGGAUACUGUAAAGCCUGUUUCAAAUAAUUUGUGAAAGAUGGAGAGAUAGUGACUACAUAGCUGAGAGAAAAAGAGAGCAAUAAUAUUUUUUUAGCAUACUGUUUCCAGCAAAUUAUAUAAAAACUGCAUAUUCAUAAUUGGGGGAGUGAAAGUGUGUGCUUCUUUAGUUUACUACAGCUGAGAGAAUGGGUGACUGUAUAUAUAAAGAAAGGGCAGCGCUUUUUCUUUUUGAUUUCUUUCAAAUGAGAAAUGAACUGACUGCAUGGACUGCAUAUAAAGAGAAAUAGGGAGAUCAGCCCUUUUUUUGUAUGUUGCAGCUGAGAAAGUGAGUGACAUAAAUAAACAAAAGAAAGCAGGGUAUUUCUAGUUUAUAUGUUCCCGCUGAUAAGCUGAAAUAAAGGGUGACUGCAUGCACUAAAACGUAUAAAUUAUUCCACUAGACUUUUAUUUCUUUGUGCUACUUUGUUGACUGAGGAAUCCUGCUAUGAGAAUUUAGUUGAAGAAGAGGCAGUUAAAUUUUAAGUUAUUGUAAUAUGAAUGUAAAUUAUGUGAUAUUAGAGAUAGUUAUGUGUUUGUCUGUGAGGAGAAAGAAUGAAUGGUCAAAAGGAAUAUAAUUGAAGCAAGAUUGUACAGUACUAAGCCUUCUUUUGUAAAUAAUAAUAAUAUAUAUGGAUCAUUGUUUACCAUGUUUGUGUGAUCAAAACACUUGUACAGUAUUUCACAGGAGUCUCCAUAUUUAUUUUUGUCAAAAAAGAAUGUGUACUUUAACUAUGUUAGAUUAUUUGGUGUGUGCAUACAUACUGACAUACAUAACAGUUAUAUAGAGACCACAAAACCUCAGACUUUAAAAUAAUUUGUCAGUCAUACUAGAUACAAUGCCUCCCUAUUAGCAGGAAAAAAUCUCUUAAUACUUCUUCCAAAAUGUUUUAUGAUGUUUUUCCCCGUGUACUUUGUCAUAAACAUGAAUGGAGUGUAGAAUAUACAUACAGUGUGGUAUACACAAAUACUUGUUAAAUAUGAAAAAAAUAUACUUGAUAAAACUUAUAUUAUUGUUAACAUAUUUUCGUUUGUAUAAUAUGCAUAUGUAUACUGUACAUACAAACAGUAUGAGAAUAAUUAGGGAUUGUGUGACAACUACUUUUGUCCAUUAUAAGGUCAUUGAUACAUACAGCCAGGUUCAGGGAUCUCAUGUCACAUGGCAGAGUUGAGGGUUUACCAUUAAAAGUGUAGUCGCACUAUUUUAAGUGUACUUAAAAUCUUUAAUGUCUAGCAUAUGAUUAUCGACUAUUUUGUUUAAUCACAAACAAAUUUUUCAGCUAAUUCAUUUCAUCAGCAGCACCUCUUAUGUAUGUACAAUCUUUCAGUUUCCUUUCAUUUCAGAAACAGCAAUUAACUGUUCUUUUACCUCCAUGUACCACUUAGUGAAAUUUAAUUUGCACUGAAUAUGUCUUAUCAUAGACAGGUAAUUAUUGUAAAUACAUAGGUCCUGAGUGGAUAAAUGGCUGUGUGAAGCUGAACUCAUUGAAAAUUGUAUUUUUGUAGAUAAAUGUUUGCAAACAUUCAUGCCAAAUUAGAGUUUCACCUAAAAAACAAUCAAAUAUAUCUACUACUGUUAAUAUGUAUUGAGAUGUGAGUUGGUAAAUACCACCAUGGAUGUAACCUAGAAUUGCACCUAUUCAUUAAGAUUAAAUCAUACCACCUAUCUUUGCUGAGGAUCAUUAUUGAAAAGUUUAAGAAAGGUGACAUUCAGAUGAAAAUAAGAAAAACUCCAGCAUAUAAGUAAGGCACAUGAGCCUGAAGAACGAAGUAAGUGAUAACGUCUCCAUUAUGUUUAUUCCUUCAGAAUCCAGUUCUUUGGUAUAACAAAAUUUACCAGGUUCCUAGCAGUCCCAGUAUGUUCAGUGUGGUCUGAAGAAACUAGUACGUAUAUGCAAUAAUCAUGAUUAUGACAAGCAAGCAUUAUCAGUAUGCAAGAGUUUUUCCCUUUAUUUCACAGCAUUUCGAGAUGUAAUUUUGCUUCUGAAUUAUGAGACAUUUUCAUUGUAAACUGUCCUUCCUUUAGUAUUUUUUUUUAUUUUCACAACACUUAAUAGCACAACUGGUUAGGGAUGAUCAGAUAAAGAAUUAUCACUUUUUAUCAAAAGAAAAAAAAGUGUCUCGUGGAUCGUGGAUUAGAUCAGUUGCCUAAAACCAUAACCUUUGUCUAAAAUGUGAGCCUGUUCAUUUACUACAAAAUUCUAAAUACUACAUAUUGCCAUCUGUUCUUUCAAGUUGAAGCUCCUGUUCUUGGUGAAUUCGUUUUAGAGCAAUUUAGUUAUUUUUUCACACAUGUUGAAGAGUGCUUAUGCUGAAGUUUCGAAGUUUUCCUGAUACCAUCACUUUUUGCAAAAGUGAUUUUGAUUGGAUGUGAAUAUCCAGUUGAACAAUCUGGUCAAUUGGCAUUAUCUAUUUUCUCUCUUCUAGCCCAAUUUAAUAAGUGGAAUAUUUUUUAUUUUACUUAACUCUUGUGACUCAUUUCUUUAGCUUUUUAUGUAAAAAAGUGAACAGUUAGUUUCCUUUGUUUAACAAAAUAUAGCAUUAAAAAUUCAUUAUUAUUAUAUACAAUUAUUGUAUCAUCCUUGUUUGUCACGGUGUCAUUAUCCAUCUGAUACAUGAAUGAUUUUCCCAGUUGGUCUUCUUUUUAUGCUGGAUUUAAUUGACACUAGAUAUCAUUCAUUCUCUAUAAUUUAGGAAGUUAAAAGCCUUCCAAUAUUUACGUAAUAAUUUUAGCAUUUUUGGGGUAUUUAUUGUCUAUAUAAAAAGUCUCCAGCCUGGCAAAUUUCUAACGUAAAAGCUCUUCUGGCUCUUGAUCCCAUUUCAUGCAACUGCUGUUUUAAACAUGAAAAUUAACAUGUAAAUUCUCUCAGCAUAAAAUUCAAGUGUAACAAGGAUGUGAUGUUAACAAAAAAGGUGAUAAUGUACAUAUAACAGAAUGGUAUGUACAACCAGAUAAUUAUGGUUAGGAUUUACCGGAAUAGCUGUAAUGUUUGUCCGUGGAAAAGUGUUUUACGAGUCAAUGUGGCACAAUUAAAACCAUGUACUCAGAGUUUUCAGUUAUACAGUAUGUAAAAUUACCUAAAUUAAGUAAGUUUAUAAAUUUGCCAAGACUUGGAAAAGUAUUUUUGCUGUGGUGCUCCUGAAACUGCAGAUAAUGCCAUAAUUUCUUAACUGGUGGAUAGAUAUAUUUUGAGACUGGUGCUCCUCCUGAUGGAUUACUAGUCACUCCUUGAAGGUGGAAUAAAAUGUACAGUAAAUGCCUUUCAUUCUAUCUGGAUGAACAUUAUCAGAGUCCUGACAGAAGCUCCUAUAAUAAAAAAUAUUUUUGUCAAACCAAGUCCUUUUCUUGUUAACACAAAAAAAUGUACAUAUAAUAAAAUAUUUACUAUCUUGUGUGAAGUCAAAAGAAAUAUCACUUUAUAAAUAAACAACUCUGUUUACA